CCUCUCUCUACAAUCGCUUCUUUGUGAUGGCCAUUAUCUUGUUUUUCUUUUCGACCGAAACCGGCUCACAGUUAAUUUAAUCAAUACCAUUAGAGCUACCUCGCCCGCGUCGAUGAAAAGCAGUUCUGUUUUUUGCCGAAAUAAAUAAAUUUAGGAACUUAGUUUUACUGCUGGGCAACAUUUAUUAAGUUUAGUUAAAAUGGGAGCUACCUCCUACUUUACGUUGUUUACUGUGUUGAGUGUUUUCACGGCCCUGUUCUCCAUAAUCUAUCAGGCCUACCUGGCAUCGAGUGAUCUAAGAAGUCUGACAACGAUACUGCAAAAUCUCAAAACAUUAGAAUAUGAAUUUAAAGUUGAUAAACCUCGCGUUGCCAUAGGCUACGGUUCGUGCAGCGAUUUGUACGUAAAGGCAGUGGAUUUCCUCAAUUUUACCAGCAACGUCGAGGAAUCGCUGAAGCAAGCGACCUUCAAUGUGGACGAUAUUACCAACGAGAAUGAGUUUCUUCAGAGUUUUGCAUACUAUUUUCAGCGUGGAGCUGCAGCCGAACGAUUCACUGCCAACAAGACGUUGUUCCAAAAUUUGGUGAGAUUAGCGAAAAAAGCUCAAAAUGCCGACCCUCGAUGGGCAUUGGGAGGAAAUGCACCGGUGAUAGGAUCCAGACUGGCCACCGAAGGGGCUGAAGUUAUACUCGCGGCUAAAAUGUCAUCCAAGCUGCAGUCUCACCUGAGAGCCGACGUGCGCCUAACCGGUAGCCUAAUCGACGACGACGAUAUCCACUUGAUACUCGAGUACAAAACAGGAGAUGAAUGGGGUACACUGAAAUCCCCUCGAGCAAACCGAUAUAUCCUCCAUAAUGACCAUCACAAUCCAUACAUUAGCUCGUUGGAGGAGUUUGAGCAAGCACUGCCUGGAUUUGAACCACAUCUCUUCGUAGUCAGCGGUCUCCAGAUGAUGGACAACUAUUUCUACGAAAAAGGUGUCCGAGAGACUAGAAUCGAAAAAGUUCGCAAUCAAAUGAUAUCCCAAUUUCCGUCCACGUUGAUCCACUUUGAAAUGGCUAGCUUUGUAGAAUUGGAUCUGUUGCAGUUACUGCUCCGAGAUGUCAUACCCUACAGCGAUUCCAUUGGAAUGAACGAACAAGAAUUGGACAAUCUGAGACAGGUUUUGGAAACGGGCAAAAUCAGCCUUGUGGCAGACUGCAACCCUCGCGUGGCGUUGUCACUUGAUCAAGCGAGAGCCGUCUUCAGAAUACUCAACGAAGACUACUUCAAACAUCGCGAAAGCGAUCCAAGCCGUCGAAUGAUUUCUAGGAUUCAUUUGCACACACUAGCAUAUCAGGCUAUAAUGGUAGUCAAGGAUAGCAAAUGGAGGCACACCAAGAAUGCAGCGGCGAAAGCUUCACUGACUGCGAACCGUCACGUUUGUGCUAGUUCAAUCGUUAACCCGGAUGCUUCGUACAGGCUGCUGGACGAUAGCUUCGCAACUUCUACCAAGCAAGGAGCAGAUCGCAUUCCAUUUUCCGAAGCAGACCCCGUCUCCUGCUGGAACGAAACAUUCGCUUUUGAAUGGCAACCACCGAUGGAUGUGCAAAUUUGUGUGGCUCCGGUGUUGAUUUGCAAGGUGGCAAAACAGACCGUCGGUGCAGGAGACAAUAUUUCUGGAGCCGGUUUGAUAUUACAAAUUUAGUAGAUCUUAAUCCGUUUUUGAAAUUUCCAAUUCCAAGACAUAAAAUGUUUAAAACUCACCGUUUUUAGGCCGUUUCUAUCAACACCCUUAAGACUUAUUCGACAUUCCUAUUUUACUGAGUGAAUCUUUUUUUAAGCAUGUUGGACAAUACAGAACCAUGUUGAAGCCUUAA